GAACGCGGAAGUAAACCGGAAGUCGGCCCCUGUAACACGUGUGCCCUGCGAUUGGAGAGGGCACGCUUUUCCUUGCUCCUGAAAGAAGUUUAUUGAAAACCAAAACAUCAAAUUAUGGAUCAUUUCGAGCUGGAAACCGAUGUUCCAGAUUCCGAUAGGAACCGUGGCACCUCAGAGGAUGAGAAAAGAAGUCAGAGACUAAAACGCGUCGAUUCGCUGCACAGGAAACCCAGUCGAGCGCCGCGUAAAGAUUUUUCCGGGUUACGUAAAUCGACGAGGAUGUGCCUCCACGCCAUCCGAGAAGCCGUCCUGCAUCACCGCUGGAAGGAGGCGACGCGGUAUUUAGAAGUUUACUCUCAGGCGCUGGAGGAAACCUCAGUCGAGCAGCCAAUAGCUUGUGAAAUUAUUUGGAGACUCGGCAUCGAGAUCCUCCGGCACCACCCGGACAGCGACCUGGAGAGAUUUAACGAUUUGUACGAGCGGAUGAAGAGCAGCGGCGUGAAAAACUAUGCCAAGAUCUGUCUGGAGUACGCUUUCCACCUCAUGUUGAACGGCCACAUUCAGAAAGCCAAGCAGCAGCUGACAGUCGCGGCGAGCUGGAGAUACGGCAAGGAGUCUGCGAGACAGGCUCUAGGUUUAAAGCUCAUCCAUGCAUACUGUGGCUUCCUAGAUUAUCUGAUCUGGUCUACAAAGAGAGCGUCCACAUCAAAUGCAGAGGAGGGCGAGCAGCAUAACGAGAUGCACAGCUACUUCAGACAAGCCUUAGUGACCAUGCAGGAAAUCAUCAAACAGCCCGGUGUCUGGGAUCAGUUCGUGUGCAGUUGCGUCGACAUGCUGGAAUAUUACAACAAUAAAGAAGAAGCUCUACAGUUACUCGAACACUACGCCUUCAACAAGGACUUUCCAGCAAACCCCAAUGCUCAUGUUUACCUGUACAACUAUCAGAAAAAGCACAACGCUUCACGUGACGAGCUUCUUGCUACUCUAAAGGGGCUGCACUCGUUGGUUCCGAGUCAUGAGCUGAUGCUGAAAUAUUGCAAACUGCUGAUGUUGUCAAGAGAACCGAAGAAUUUGCAACGCGCCCUCUGCAUCGCUUUGGAUCUUGUAGAAUACUCCUGCUGGAAGAAAAACGUGAAAGCGUGGUUGUGUUUGUUUAGGAUUGCCAGGUGCUUCAGUAAGAGAUGUCAUAAGGACCUUCUGAAGAAAGAGUGCGAAGAAAGAAAAGACCUCUGGUUGAAAAUGCAUUUCAAGAACGCCCACACCAGGAUGGAUUUGAAAAUAAGCCCAAGACUCGUGUCUCUCAAAAUCAAAGUCAAGAAAAUCAUGGGUUUUGUCAGUAGGUACGGAGAGAACAGGACUUUGCGUGCGCUGAACGCGAUGGACGUAUUGGAGCUGUAUCCUGCCUGACUAUAGAAUCUCAGAGUUCUUUAUGGUUUUUCUUGAGGUUUUUGAACAUUUUUGUUAUUGUUUCUAAGACCAAACCAAUGUAGUAAUGUACAGAUGUUAGUCGCGAUCUCUUUAACGCUGUGGAGGUCAGGACUAACACGGGGCUGAGAUCCGAGCUCUUCAUUUCUGAUGCAUUAUAGUCAGAAAUACUAACUCUUUACUGGUUUCUGUACACCUUCAGUUAAAGUUAUAACAUGAGUAUAUCAAAAAAAUUCAACAUAAUCCAAUUUUCACCAGAGUCUUACUGUGUAUUAGGGAGGACACGAUUAACACUGUGGUGUAAUUAAGUAAGCUUUGGGACUUUCCAAAGCCGAGAUCUGAGACCUUGCGUGUGUGAACUGUGUAGAAUGUUAAGAGCAGAAGAUCUCUGCUUUGGAAAGUCAUAAAAAAAUAAUAAAUCACACCCAUGUGAUAGUCGUGGCCUCCUUAAUCCACAGUGUUAAAUUGGUGAAAAGCAGAGAACAUCGAAUUUAUCACCUAAAAAAUAGUAAGGGGUUAGGGCCUUUGUGUUUUUUGGUGAAAAUUCGACCGUCCCCAGAUUUUUAUUAAUUUCACACCCUGCGUUAGGGAGGUCAGGACAAACACAGAAGUGUAAUUAGUUUUGUUUUCGGACACUGCUAACCGGAGAUCUUCUACUCUUAACAUUCUAUACACUGAGCUCACACUUCAGAUCUUGGCUUUGGAAAGUCCGAAAACAAAACUUAUCACACCAUUGUGUUAGUUAUGACCUCCCUAACGUAUGAUGUGAAACUGGCAAAAUUCGCAGAACAUCGAAUUUUUCACCUAUAAAAUCUGCAAAAAAUUUGACCAUCACCUGAUUUUUUACCAAAUUCACGCUGCACAUUAAGGAGGUCAGGAAUAACACAGGGGUGUGAUCAGUUUUGUUCUGUAACACUGCAGAGCUGAGAUCAGAGAAGGUUUUUUUUUUUUUUUGGACACAUCACACUCACAAAAUUCUACAUAUCAGCAGAUCUCAGAUUUUUUUUUUUUAAGUCAGAGAACAGAACUAAUCACACUGCUGUAGGACUGACCUCCUUAAUGUGCAGUGUGAAUUUAGUGUAAAUCUGGUGACGGUCACAUUUUCACCGAAAAAACACAAAGGCUUACUAUUUUUUUGGCCGAAAGUUUAGCAUUCUACGAUUUUCACAAAAUUCACAUGAUAUGGAGGUCACGACUAACACAAUGGCGUAAAUCAUUUUGUUUUAGGACUUUCCAAAGCUGAGAUCUGAGACCUUGAGUGUGUGAAUGGUAUAAAUAUUUGUACUGAAACUGAAGCUGUAAUUGUACUGACUAUCACUGUACUGAUCCUAUGUACGACUGUAAGGGAGCUGUAUGUGUUAAACUGUAACUGUUGUAAAGCGAAACUGUUCCUGAUUCCUGUAAAUGUACUGAAGCUGAACUUGUUGCUGUAACUCAUUUAAUAAUAAAGUUCAUCAUAAACCUU